UGUCUGACUGGUGGAUUGACGAAGGCAGAGACCUGCCCAAGGGAAGCAAGUCGGACAGUGUUCCCCUGACCACUUGGAGGCCCAAAGGCGCAGCCCAGACUGAAAACAGAAGUGAUUACCUCCCACAGGAACUUGUGGAUGUCAGGAAUAUGUCCAAAUGCCGGCCAGGCACUGUCGGACCAGGCUGUCUGUUUACCUGCCAGAGUUGUCUUAAUGGGGCCAGGUGUGACCAGCGACAGGCGGCCUGUAUCUGCCCACCUGGCUGGAGAGGUCCUCUUUGUGGUGAAAGGUGUUCAGAGGGUACCUAUGGCAGUGGCUGCAACAGUCUAUGUAGAUGUCAGAAUGGUGCCACCUGCGAUGCUGUGACCGGCGGUUGUCGAUGUCCUCCUGGGUUUGACGGGGACUUCUGCCAGGUUGGCUGUCCUGCUGGCUUCUAUGGUAGUGGUUGUGACCUGCUGUGCCUGCAGCCGUGUCCAAGCGGUCACUGCAACCAAACCCAUGGCUUCUGUAGCUGCCCGCCCGGGAUGUCCGGCUUGUUCUGCGACCAGUCCUGUUCUCUAUUCACCUUUGGGCCUGACUGCAUUGAGCAGUGUGGAUGUAACAAGGAGAAUUCUCUGGGUUGUCACUCUGUGACGGGGAUCUGUGACUGUAAGCCUGGCUAUGAAGGUGAGCGCUGUGAGAAACCGUGUCAGGACGGAUUCUUCGGCAAGGAUUGCGACAAGCUGUGUGACUGUCCGGGAGGCUCCAAGUGUAACCACGAGACGGGUCAUUGUUUAGGCGAGUGUCCAGCUGGAUUCAUGGGUCCACGUUGCAACACUUCCUGUCCACCAGAUAGAUGGGGCAUCAGCUGCAAGAAUGUGUGCAAGUGUGAGAACAACGCUACCUGUGACAGGGUUAGUGGCCAGUGCCUGUGCACCGAUGGCUGGUACGGGGCUGACUGUCAUCAAGCAUGUCCUAACGGGCGGUUUGGUCCCCAGUGCAUGAUGCGAUGUGUGUGUGAGAACAAUGCUAGCUGUAGCCCUGUAGACGGAAGCUGCUCUUGCCAGGCUGGCUGGACAGGACAGAUCUGUGAUGCGGCUUGCCCCUCUCCCUCGUUUGGAGAGGGCUGCCAGAAGAGGUGCAGCUGCAGCAACAGUUCUCUGUGUGAUCCCGUGUCUGGAGAAUGUCUAUGUCCUCCUGGCUGGCGAGGCAGCAACUGUCAGGAGAAAUGCCCCCUGGGUUUCUAUGGCCCCGGAUGUGGACAGUCCUGUCUCUGCCAGCAUGGAUCGAACUGCAGCCAUGUGAGUGGGGCUUGUGACUGUGCACCAGGCUGGAGAGGAAAGUACUGCGAGAAGGCUUGUCCUGAAGGCUUCUAUGGCAUGAGGUGCCUGAGUCAGUGCACCUGCCUCAACGGAACUGUCUGUGACCACGUGACCGGCGAGUGCCGAUGUGCCCCUGGGACUAUGGGGGCUUUAUGUAACCACACCUGUCCCCAGGGAUAUUGGGGCGGCAACUGUCAGAACCCCUGUGACUGCCAGAAUGGGGCUUUCUGUGACCCAGUGAGUGGGUCCUGCCUCUGUAAGCCUGGCUGGACCUCGACAAAAUGUAAUGAAUCGUGUCCACCGAAGAUGUACGGCCAAAACUGUAUGUACCGAUGCUUCUGUAUGGAGAGGGGCUCCUGCCACCCUACCACAGGCACCUGCAACUGUACUGCAGGCUGGCAGGGAGCAGUUUGUGAGAAACCAUGUGAAGGUGGUUUUUACGGCCCCAACUGUGAGUUGCAGUGUGAUUGUCUCGGCAGUAAGUCAUGUGACCGUUUCAGCGGAAAAUGUACAUGCCAGCCUGGUACCAGAGGACGGCGUUGCGACAAACAAUGUGACCCCGGCUCAUUUGGACCUGGUUGCCGAGGAGUUUGCAGCUGUGGCGACAGCAUGGUGUGCCAUCAUGUGACCGGACAGUGUAUGUGUCGGGCCGGUUUCUACGGAAGGAACUGCAGCAAGGAGAAGACAAAAGACGAGUCAGAGAAACAAAAACAGGACAAUAAGACUCUCAUCAAACCUCAGAAGAUGCUGAAAGACAAGACGACACUGAAUAAACUGAAAGCAGCUUCUUUGAUGUUUGGCUGCAGACUCGGGGAGUAUGGACCCAACUGUGACCAGGUUUGUUUCUGUGACAACGACGCCAAGUGUGACGUGGCGACCGGCACCUGCUUCUGUCCCGAGGGAUUUGUCGGAGCCACAUGCUCCCAGAGGUGCCCAGAUGAUAGAUACGGGUUCAAUUGUUCUGGCGUGUGUGACUGCCAAAAUGGGGCCAGGUGUAACAAGAGGAUGGGUCGGUGCAAAUGUUUGCCUGGAUACAAGGGAGACAAAUGUCAGGACAUGUGCCCAUCUGGAACAUUUGGCCAGGACUGUAUGAACAACUGUACGUGCCGUCACGGGCACUGCGACCACGUCACCGGGUCCUGCCGUUGUCAGCUGGGCUGGAUGGGACAACAGUGCAACCAGACCUGCCCCCAAGGGAAGUUUGGGCCGGACUGUGUGCAUACUUGUAACUGCCAGAAUGGGGCUUCCUGUGAUCCAGUUACAGGAUGUUGCAGUUGUCAGGAAGGAUUCUACGGGAUCGGAUGUGAACUGGAAUGCCCCGAUGGCAUGCAUGGAGCUCACUGUACCCAGCGCUGUGACUGUGUUAAUGGAGCUUCCUGUUCACACUUAACUGGCCAGUGCCGAUGUUUGCCAGGUUUUACUGGUGACAGAUGUGAAAACUCUUGUUCCAAGAACAGAUGGGGAGUCCACUGCCGAGAGAAAUGUGCCUGUGGAAAGAACAACAGCUGCGACGCCGUCACUGGACAGUGCCACUGCCCACCUGGAUUCCACGGAGACCGGUGUCAGAUGGAAUGCCCAGCCGGAAGGUACGGCCCAGGAUGUGUCUACUUCUGCAGCUGUGAGAACCAAGCCACCUGCGACAUCAUGUCUGGGGCAUGCAUCUGUCCCGAUGGGUGGCUGGGUGCCAGGUGCCAGACAGUUCACA